UUAUAGUUCCAAGUCUUUUCAUUACCUCGUUUAAGUCAUGAAAUGACCUCUUUCAACGUGGCCUCUCUCGAUAUGCAACAUUCGUUGAAGUUAAUCUCAAUCUCUUCAUUGCAUCAGUUUGCUCUUCUUUUUCUUCUUAGCGUUAAUCAUUUACAUUCACAAUAGCUUUGGCGAAAAAGAGAAAGCAUGGAUGCAGCCUUGGUUGGUGGAUCAUUUCUAUCUGCUUUCCUUCAGGUAUUGUUUGACCGAAUGGCUUCCCGGAGGGUUAUUGAAUUCUUCAAGUGCCAAAUACUCGAUCGAGGAUUGCUGGAGAAGUUGACUAUAACAAUGAACUCUGUUGAAGGAGUUCUUGAUGAUGCCGAGGAGAAGCAGAUUACCAGACCAGCUGUGAAACGGUGGUUUGAUAAUCUCAAAGAUGCUGUGUAUGAAGCCGAUGACCUGUUAGAUGAAAUUGCAUAUGAAGCUCUGCAACGAUCAGAGAUGGAAGCUGCUGCCUUUGAAACCAGCACAGGUCAGUUGAGGAAAUCUUUCUCUUCUUUGAAUUUAUUUGAAAAGGGGAAGCAUCUUCAAGCAGAUUUAGGAGAUAUUCCGGAAAGACUGGAAAAGAUUCUCGAGAGACUUGAAUUUUUAGUGAAACAAAAGGAUGCCCUUGCUCUAAAAGAGGGCAUCGAAGGAAAACCAUCGUCCCAGAAAAUUCCUUCAACUUCUCUGGUGGAUGAGUCUGUUGUUUAUGGUAGGGACGAUGAUAAGGAGGCCAUAAUGAAGUUGCUAUUAUCAGAUGAUAGAUAUAGUAACAACUUAGGUGUGAUUCCCUUCGUGGGUAUGGGUGGGAUCGGCAAAACCACCCUUGCUCAGCUUGUCUAUAAUGACAAUAGAGUAUGUGAGUUCUUUGAUCUCAAAGCAUGGGUUUGUGUUUCGGAAGAAUUUGAUAUUUUGAAGGUAACAAAAGAUAUGCUUGAGGAGUUCAAUAGAAAGAAAUGCGAUAUUAUAAAUUUUAACCAACUUCAACUUGACAUAAAGGAGAUACUGAUGGGAAAAAGAUUUUUGCUUGUUUUAGAUGAUGUUUGGACAGAUGAAUACUCUGAUUGGGACAUUUUGCAUACACCUUUGAAAUUUGGGGCAAAAGGAAGUAAGGUCAUAGUUACAACAAGGAAUGAAAACGUAGCAUCAGUAAUGUGCACUUUUCCUUCUUAUCAUCAUCUGAACGAAUUGACUGAUGACAGUAGCUGGUUAUUGUUUGCAAAGCAUGCAUUUGAUAAUGGAAUUUCAGGUGCGCAGUUGGAGUUGGAAAAAAUUGGUGAAGAGAUUGUGAGAAAGUGCAAAGGCCUUCCUUUAGCUUUAAAAGCACUGGGGCGACUAUUGCGUGGUAAAAGAAAUAUUGAUGAAUGGGAAAAGAUAUCAAAAAGUAAUAUCUGGGAUUUGGCAAAUGACAAGAUUCUCCCAGCUUUAAGGUUGAGUUAUCAUUAUCUCCCAUCACACUUAAAGAGAUGUUUCGCUUAUUGUGCAAUAUUUCCUAAGGACUACGAGUUCGAAAAAGAUGAAAUAGUUCUUUUAUGGAUGGCAGAGGGAUUUCUAGAAGCAGAAGAUGUAGGUGACGAGUACUUUCAGGAUCUUGUAUCAAGGUCAUUUUUUCAACGCUCAAAUGGUGACCAAUCAUGCUUCAUUAUGCAUGACCUCAUAAAUGACUUGGCUAAAUUGGUCUCUGGAGAAUUUUGCUUCUGGUUAGACGGAGAUAAUUCUUGUAAUAUUUCUAGAAAGACGAGGCAUUUAUCAUACAUGAGAACACUGCAUGAUCCUUUUAAAAAGUUUGAGCAUGUCUGUAAAGCUCAACAUUUGCGGACCUUCUUGCAUUUAGAUGCUGUGCAGUGGUGGGGUAGUCACAUUGAUACCGAGGUAAUUAAAGAUUUAUUGCCAAAACUCAUUCGCCUAAGAGUUCUGUCCCUAUCUCAUUAUAAUAGAAUCACUUUGUUGCCUGAUUCAAUUGGGAAAUUGAAACAUUUGCGAUAUCUAGAUCUUUCUAAAACAUCAAUUAGAAGGUUACCUGAAACUAUAUGCAGUUUGUACAAUUUGCAAACUUUAAUAUUGGCAUAUUGUGUGUUUCUUGAUGAUUUACCAACCAACUUCACCACCUUGAUUAACCUAUGUCAUCUUGAUAUUAGUUGGACAAUUUUGGGAAAGAUGCCAUCAGAAAUGGGUAAACUAAGAAAGCUCCAAAAGUUGUCUGAUUUUUUUCUAGGAAAGGAUAAUGGGUCCAGCAUUAAAGAGUUGAGGCAACUGGAACAUUUACAGGGCAAACUUCGUAUUUGGAAUCUUCAAAAUUCUGUGGAUGCUAUGGAUGCUUUGGGAGCUAAUAUAAAGGGUAAGAAGCACCUUAAAAAAUUAGAUUUGAGAUGGGAUGGCAGUGCUGAUGAUUCACAACGUGAAAGAUGUGUACUUGAAUCAUUACAACCUCAUACCAAUUUGGAGAGUCUUUCCAUAUUUGGUUAUGAGGGUACAAGAUUUCCAGUGUGGGUAGGAGAUCCAUCAUUCUCAAACUUAGUAUCCUUGAAGUUAGAUGGAUGCAAAUACUGCUCUUCCAUACCGCCACUUGGACAGUUAGUCUCUCUGCAAAAACUAUCAGUUGCAGACUUUCAUGGAAUUCUGAUUAUUGGUCCCGAGUUCUAUGGCAGUUGCAUGUCUAUUAAGAAGCCAUUUGGAUCUCUUAGAACUUUAAAGUUUGAAAGGAUGCCAGCAUGGCUAGAAUGGACUCCUCAUGUAGCUGAAGAUGAAGGUGGAGCCUUCCCUCUCCUCCAAGAGCUUUACAUUAGAGAAUGUCCCAACCUAAUGAAGGCCUUGCCUGAUCACCUUCCAUCUUUAACAACAUUGGAAAUUAAGGAAUGCCAUAAGCUCGAGCCCUCAUUUCCAAGGGCCCCAACCAUUCGUAGAAUGAGUUUUGAGGACCAUUCUCGUCGUAUGGCCUUAAGUGACUUGCCUUCUGGGCUGUAUCGUCUCCAAGCUGAUGCAGUUUACAGCUCCAUAGAUUCCCUAGUAGAAGGAGCAAUGCAAGCAUAUGAAAAUUUCAUCACUUUAGAAGAAAUUGAAAUAAAAGAAUACUAUUCACUCAGGUGUUUCUCAUUAGAGUUGUUCCCAAAGUUAAAGAGACUUGAUUUAGGGAGAUGUAGAAAUUUGAAGUCAUUUUCUUUGCCAACAGGAUUUUCCAUGUUAAGUCUGACAGAGCUUUAUUUAUGGAAUUGCUUCAAUUUGAAGAGGCUACCUGAUCAUUUGCACCGCAUCCUGCCAUCUCUUGUGAAACUACGAAUAGGUGAAUGUCCAAAACUUGAGUCCUUUCCUGAAGGGGGUUUACCGUCCAAAUUAGAAUCUCUUGAGAUCUCAUGCUGCGAGAAACUCAUUGCUAGCCGCCUGCAAUGGAAGUUGCAGACACUUCCCUCUCUUACAUACUUGAGUAUUGAUCGGUGCAAUGACUUGGAAUCUUUCCCAGAGGAAAUGCUGCUGCCCUCCACACUUACCUGUCUUAAAAUGAAGAAUCUUGAGAAGCUGAAAUCUCUGGAUCACCAGGGGCUUCAACACCUGACCUCUCUUAGAGAAAUGACUAUCUGGAAGUGCCCUCAGCUCCAGUCCAUGCCAAAAGAAGGAUUUCCUGACUCUCUUUCUUCUCUAAUUAUAUGGGAUUGCCCCUUGUUGUCACAGAGAUGUCAGCAGGAUGGUGGGGAAUAUUGGCCCAAAAUUUCUCACAUCCCACACUUAGAGAUUGAUUGUGAUGCUAAAACUCCGACUCAGUUCUGAUGAUUCUGCAUUGCUUCUGUUCUAUUCAGGAUCCUCUACACAUUGGAGAGUUUCAACUUCGAUUAUUUGCUGUUCCAAUUGCAGAUAGGCAAGGUUGAUGAACAGGCAAUGAAAGAGCUUCUAGCAUAAGUCUCAUUGCGGUGCCAAAACCAAAGCAUGUGAAACGUUCAUGGCUAUUUGAUUUAGCUUUUUCGUGAUACUUAAAUGGUGAUAAAAAAUGGUGACUGAAAUAUAAAUUUUUAUUAUUG